AUGGGGCCCACGGCAGAUGACCUUCAUUUCAACCGAGGGCAGUUAUUGAACAUUGGAACUUUGGAAGCAGAAAAGCAUGGGGACUACCACUGCUUUGUUUACCAUGACCUGGACAUGAUUCCUGAAAAGGGCAACACACCCUACAAAUGCUUUCCCUGGCCCCUGCACUUGGCCCUAGGCGUGGAGAAAUUGCAAUACAAACCAUUCUACAGGGGUAUGAGUGGAGUGGCAAUCGUGCCCAAGCAACUCAUACACCAAGUCAAUGGGCACAGCAACAACUUCUGGGGCUGGGGUGGAGAGGAUGAUGAUUUUCUACUGAGGUUCAAUAGUCAAGGAUUCAAUGUGAUGCAUUACCCAGCUGAAGUUGGCAGAUACAGAUCCUUGCCACAUGUUCCAGCAAGUCCAUCUCCAAAUAGGUACAAAAUCCUGAAAAAAGAGGGUGGUAAAAGGGAUAGUGGGCUUUCAAAUGUGAAUUACGUUUUGGUUCAAACCAGGUUGCACCCACUGUACACCAUCUAUGACGUGAACCUGACAUUGUCUGUCAAGUGAAGCUUCAAUAUGAAAUGAAACACAACCAUUCCUUUGUUUUAAAAAGAGGAGUGCAGUUUUGAAUGGUUGCGUGUUUCGAGAUAACCUGUUGAAGGAUAAUAAUAAAAUACUGCUUCACACCAGUGUA